GGCUAUCUAUCACGUGACAAUAUGCGCGGGAAACAUCGUGUAGUCUGUCCUUAGAAUUAGUGCACUGUGUGGUGAAAACGUAAACAUACAUAUAUUGAAUUGAAAUGGCAUCUCGCCGAAAAAGAGCUGUAGAGGAUGACACUGAAGACACACUAAAAAAGAAAAUCAAAAAGGAGGAUCUGGACAAAGAAUUGAUAUGGGAAUGGGAAGAUGAUGGAAACAGAUGGACCACAUACUCUGAUGACCUUUGCAAAGAAAUAAGUGAAAAUUUCAAAGAAGGGAAGCUGAAAGCUCCAUUUGUGAAUAAUGGAACUAAGUUUGAAGCUAUAUUUUCUCGCAUGGUGCAAAGGAAUAAAUUAUCAUGCUGGGAAAGACAGAUAAGACUUAAACCCAACAGUGAAACCAAUUUUGUGAAUUGGCAGUGGCAAGAUGAGAAAGGAAAGUGGUGCUUGUAUGACCAGCCAGUGCAAAGAUUGAUUUAUGCUGCCACAGUAUAUGGUUUGAAACAGGUUGAGUUUGCAACAAAGGGAAACACAUAUGUUUUAAAUUUCAAAAGAAUGGAGCAAGCAAAUAAAUCCAGUAAAGCAAGACGGAAGAUUAGACAGGUGGUUGAAAAAGAUGAUGGUAAAGAAAGUGGUCAUGAAGAAGAAAAGUCAAGUGCUAGAGGUACCCAGAAGCAAUCAAAGACAUCAAUUAAAACAAGUGUGGCCAAUGGAACAAUUAAAAAAGAGAACAGUAUACCUCAAAAGAGUAGUGAAGAAAGGAUUCAAAGCAAAACAUUGGUGAAGAAAGGCAAAGCCCCUGUUGAUGUUGAAUGUCCAGUUAAAAAUACGUUCCAUGUUUUUUCUGAAGGGGGCAAUAUUUGGGAUGCGAUGUUAAACCAGACAAAUUUGCGAAACAACAACAACAAAUUCUAUUUGCUUCAGCUCCUUGAACAUGAUAAAUCGAAGCAGUUUGCAGUUUGGUUCCGUUGGGGAAGAGUUGGUGUUGUUGGCCAAAAAAAUUUAGUUCGGUGUGGAAGCAACCUAUUGGAGGCAAAGAAUGUUUUCACUAAAAAAUUUUCUGACAAGACAAAAAAUGAGUGGGAAGACAAAGACUGUUUUGAGAAAGUCCAAGGGAAAUACGACUUACUAAAAAUGGACUAUGAAGCUAGCUUGCAGAAUGACGAUGACCAAGUGGAUGGAGAAUCCAUCGAAAAACUAGAAAGGCCAGAUUCCAAAUUAGACAAGCGAGUUCAGGCAUUGGUACAGUUAAUUUGUAAUGUGGAAGAAAUGGAACAAGCUGUCUUGGAAAUGAAAUACGAUGCAAAGAAAGCCCCUUUAGGAAAACUGACGAAAGAGCAAAUUAAUGCUGGAUACGCAGCAUUGAAAAAGAUUGAAUCAUUCAUCAGGCAGAAGAAGAUUGGCGAUGGAAUUGUCAAAGCCUGUGAUGAAUUCUACACACGAAUACCUCAUGUCUUUGGGAUGCAAAGACCUCCAUUGAUUAGAACAAAAGAAGAAGUCCAGAAUAAACUGCAGUUACUUGAGGCGCUGGGUGAUAUUGAAAUAGCUCUGAAGGUUAUAAAGGAAAAUAAAGAUAUGAUGUUGAACCCAAUUGACAGGCAUUACAACGCAUUGGAGUGCGGAAUUGAGCCAAUGGAUCACGAUGAUGACGUUUUUAAGGUUAUUGAAAAAUACCUGCAAAAAACUCAUGCUAAAACACAUAAUACCUAUAAAAUGGAAGUUCAAGAAAUAUUCAAGGUUGAAAAAGACGAAGAAAUUGAGAACUUUAAUGACUGUGGGAACAGAAUGCUUCUUUGGCAUGGAUCGCGACUCACAAACUAUGUCGGUAUUUUAAAGCAAGGUUUGCGAAUCGCCCCACCAGAGGCCCCAGUCACUGGAUACAUGUUUGGUAAAGGAAUUUACUUUGCGGAUAUGUCAUCAAAAAGUGCAAAUUAUUGCUAUCCAUCGCGGUCAAGACCAGUUGGAUUGCUAUUGCUUAGUGAAGUUGCUUUAGGAAAGCCAAGAGACCUUUUGGCUGCUGAUUAUGAGGCAGACCAAUUGCCUGAAGGUAUAAACAGUGUCAAAGGUUUGGGGAAGACAGCUCCAGAUCCCAAUGAGCAACAUAUGUUGCCUGAUGGUACGAUAGUCCCACUUGGCACUCCUAAAGAUACUGGAGUUGUGAAUCCAAAUGGAUAUACACUUAAUUACAAUGAGUUUAUUGUCUACAACAAAAAUCAGGUAAAGGCCAAAUACCUUGUUCAAAUAAAGUUCAACUUUACCUGAAAUCCAAGAGACCCCUUUAUUCCACCACAAAGUCACCAUGGAAUCAUCAAGGACCUUGGACUAGAGCUUUUAUUUUGAAAACUUAUAGACUGAUGAAUUUUUGCCUAAGACAAGACAAAUGCUCACAAAUGAGGAUUAGAUGUUUGUUUAUUGAGAUUUACACAAUACCUUUAUUUUCUUGAACAU